ACAGGGGAGGUCGGAAAAAUUGGACCAGAGAGGAAACAGAGGUCAGGUGGGACAAAUUCUUCCCUCAGAGGGUGCGGGCUGUGCAGGAACAAGGGUGGCCCAUGGACAGCAGCUCCUCCAGUAGGGAGUGUGGGAGAUAGAUAGCCACUGAGGAGGGCGAAGGGCCCAAACAGGGAGCCAGGAGCGGGCUCAACAGCCUCUGCUUGGGUGCCCUCAGCCAGGCAGGGGCCAGCCUGGCCCCAGAGGCACAGGCUCACCUAAUUGGCAGUGUGGGCCUUUCCAUCAUCAGGGGGAUAAUUGGACCCUGGAGUCCCUAUGCUCAUCAGAAAAAGCCACAGUGGUUUCUCCCCAGUGCCUCAGGCAGCCCACUUCUCAAGAGCAUGUUCAAGGCUUGUCUGGUCACUGUGGCCAGACUAGGAGUUGCUGGACACAGGCAGAAGCCACUCUUCACUCCUGCAGGCAGCUGCAGACGUUUGCAGUGAGGCUUCCAGACACCCCAGGUAGGAUCCAGCACUUUCCAUGUUGCCGAUGGGCUCCUUUCGCUGUGAUUUUAGGGUACGUUGUAUUCCUUGCAUGGGGAGAGAGCUCUUCUUUUAUGUGUGUGAUUGACACUCCCCACUCCACAUGCCCCCCACAUACAGUCUGGAGCAGGGACUCCCCUCUGCAGUCUCACGGCCAGCACCAAGCAGGAUGGCUCAUGGAUGCUCCAUAAAUGGCCCUUGCAUUUUUGAGUACUGUGCUGGGUACAUAUUCAUAGGCAUUGGGUUAUGCCCUGAUAUCUAACAUCACACCCAGAAUUAGCCAGCAGCCUCAGGUGGCUGAAUGGGGCAGACAGCAUUUGCUCACUCAUCAUUGACGAGGACUGGUUCUGGGUGGCUCUGUCAGGCACCAGGGAAGGCAUCAGAGUAAAUGGCUGCAGGCUGAUGGUACGUGCAGCCGGGAGGAGCUACUGCAGUACCCGUCUCACGGACCACCCCAAAAUACAUCCGUUCUGUGGUAUGGAAAGCUUCACUUUCCUCUCUCAGAUUGGAGACCUAGGUUUGAAUUUGUGACUGGGCAAAAACAGUCUUUGUAACAUAUUGGAGAACCUUGUUUACGAUGAAAGGAUGCCAGCCUCCCUCGGCAGCGUCCGCUUGGACUUUCAGUCUGUCCACAGAAACCAGGGAGGUACAGCCAAGUUAAAAAGGCAGCCAUGCCCGCAGCGAUGGGGUACCCUGGAACAGAAACGGGCACUCGAGGGAAAAAAAGAUGAAAGCCAAAGUCUGGAGUUUAGUCCACAGUAAUACCAAUGUCAAUCCCUUACUGUGACAAAUAUGCCCUCUUCAUGUAGGAAGUUAACCUUGGAGGAAGCUGAAUGGAGGGUCUCCCAGAGCUCUCUGCACUCUCUUCGUAACUUUUCUGUAAAUCUAAAAUUAUUCCAAAAUAAAAAGUUUAUUUAAAAGAAAAUGCAGCCAUUGUCUAACAAGUUCAGGGGAUGGAGAGAGUGUGCUGUAAAGGGCCCUGAAUUUGUAAAGUAACACAGUUUCAAUUUAAUGAAUCAAUCCGGUAUUAACUAGCCAACUCAUUAAUGAUCAGUUACCACUAUCCAAAUAAUCAAGAGAAAUCUAUAGGUGCCUCUACUGUUCUGGGUUAAAAGCACAAGAACCAAAGCUCGCUACCCCCACCGCCAGCUCUCCCCAGCAAACCCAGUCAACAGGUGGGGGCUGCUGGCCUUCCAAGGAGCUCCUGUGGACCCCAACUUUCCUCCUUGUGGACUUUAAAGCCCCCUGUGGCCACUCAGCUGGGAAGAGGACACAGUCACCAUCCUGGAUGGUGUCUAGAGAGGCUACAUUCAGACUCACAGCUUGAGACCCCUUUAAUGGCAGGGGUUCUUAUUGCUUUUGUUUUGGGGAGACAGUAGGCGGUGACUGGAGUGAGUAGUAAAUGCUUGUGAAAUUGAUCCUAAACUCUGAACUGCACGCUGGCAUUUUAAGGCAGGGAAUGGCCAUGCCGCCCCAGUGGAUGAUCUUGGGUUCCCACAGAAUGCUCACCCUAGACGGCAGGAGUACAGGUGCCUUUCCAAGUGUAAACCUGUCCCUGGGCAAUUCCCUUCUAGAAGUUUGUUUUUCAGCCUGCAACUCUUCCAUGAACUCGACUUGUCUAGCCAACCCCCUACACGUCACCAUGAGGCUCUCCAGUAAGUGCCGUGCACCACACCUCCCCAGCACAGACUCCAGAUUAUUCGGCACCCACCUGGCCCUCUCCUAGUCUUCUCAUCAAUUUUUAGCAUCCUGGGCCAGAAACCUGGGGUCACCCUCCCCAGCUGUGAGCUGGUGGAAGUCUGCCAUUCAACCCACCUAGACUGCCAAUGAAAAGAACCACCAGAUGCCCUGUGGGGCAAGGGGCUGCGGCUACCCUCUCUCUCCCCCACCUGUGGACCAGGUCCCCGAGAGCCAGGCAGCCCUUUCCUGGGAGCCCUCCCUGCAUUCCUCUGGCUGGUUAGCCCAGUUUGGGGUUCUGCCCUGGUAGGCUGAUAGCCCCUCACCUCAUGCCGAGGCUGCUGCCCUGAUUUGCAGGAACCCUCAGAUGAAGGACCCUAAGGAGGGCCAGCUCUGUGUCCAUGCCCACUUGGAUCUUGAGAGCUGCCCCGAGCACGUGUGGACUGGUAGUGCCCCUGGACUCAGAGCUUUGGGUUUUGCCCACCCUGGAGCUGCCCGGCUCUGUUCCUCAGCAUAUACUCUCUUCCUCAUUCCUACUUCAUGGUUAUAUGUAAAUGCAAGCACACAGAAGUUUUCUACUUUAAAAUUCAGAAGAUGAGCAGAUCACUGCUCUCUCCUGGUGCUCUGGGGAGCCACGUGGCCUCUCUUUACACCAAAACUCCCUAUCCAGGUCCAGCUCCACUCUCCCUCUGCCCCAGCUGCCCUGCAGCCCUUUCCUCUUGCUCUUUGAUGUUUUGUAGGCCUGCAGCUCCCAAGCACAGAGGCAUGAGUGGGGAGAAUGUCACCAAGGUCAGCACCUUCAUCCUGGUGGGCCUCCCCACGGCCCCGGGGCUGCAGUACCUGCUCUUCCUCCUCUUCCUGCUCACCUACCUCUUUGUCCUGGUGGAGAACCUGGCCAUCAUCCUCACCGUCUGGAGCAGCACCUCCCUCCACAGGCCCAUGUACUACUUUCUGAGCUCCAUGUCUUUCCUGGAGAUCUGGUACGUGUCUGACAUCACCCCCAAGAUGCUGGAGGGCUUCCUCCUCCAGCAGAAACGCAUCUCUUUCGUCGGGUGCAUGACGCAGCUCUACUUCUUCAGCUCCCUGGUGUGCACCGAGUGUGUGCUUCUGGCCUCCAUGGCCUACGACCGCUACGUGGCCAUCUGCCACCCGCUGCGCUACCACGUCCUUGUGACCCCGGGGCUGUGCCUCCAGCUGGUGGGCUUCUCCUUUGUGAGUGGCUUCACCAUCUCCAUAAUCAAGGUCUGUUUUAUCUCCAGUGUCACGUUCUGCGGCUCCAACGUCUUGAACCACUUCUUCUGUGACAUUUCCCCCAUCCUCAAGCUGGCCUGCACGGACUUCUCCACUGCAGAGCUGGUGGAUUUCAUCCUGGCCUUCAUCAUCCUGGUGUUUCCGCUCCUGGCCACCGUGCUGUCAUAUUGGCACAUCACCCUGGCUGUCCUGCGCAUCCCCUCGGCCACCGGCUGCUGGAGAGCCUUCUCUACCUGCGCCUCUCACCUCACCGUGGUCACCGUCUUCUAUACAGCCUUGCUUUUCAUGUAUGUCCGGCCCCAAGCCAUUGAUUCCCGGAGCUCCAACAAGCUCAUCUCUGCCGUGUACACUGUUGUCACGCCAAUAAUUAACCCUUUGAUUUACUGCCUGAGGAACAAGGAAUUUAAGGACGCCUUGAAAAAGGCCUUGGGCUUGGGUCAAACUUCACACUAA